AUGGCUUCCUUUCUGGUGAUGGUCAGCAUACUUCUCAUUCAUCAUGCAGCGGCUAUCGACGAAUUAAGGGCCCACCCUUACUCUGAUGUUACCUUGCCUUGUCAUUUCUCCUUUGUGAAAGGCACAGACAACCUCGAAUUUACCUGGGAAAGAGAAGACAUCAGGGAGGAAUUUGAGGUAGAAGAUGACAAGGAUUAUUUCCAGUUUUUCAGGUUCUAUGAUUUUUUCGAGGUUUUCUCAAAAGUGGUUUACCAGUUUAGAAAUAACAUGGAGCAGCCAGAGGAGCAGAACGCCAUGUAUGAGAAAAGAGUUUCUGUGAAUCGGGCAGAAAUUUCUGAGGGAAUCCUGUCCCUCUUAUUAAAAAAUGUGAAUUUCCAGGAUCAAGCUAUCUACAAGUGCAUGGCUGUCUCACCAAUUGGAAGGGGUGAAAGCAAAAUUAAGCUAAUUGUAGAAGAUUCUGAACAGCCCCAGGUGGAAUUCAAGCAAAUUGAUGAUGAAACCGUGGCCACCUGCGUCUCCACAGGCUGGUACUACCUGCCAAAUGUGACUUGGCUGGACAGAGGAGAGAGGGAUUUGUCCAAUUACAGCACUGUGGAGAUCUAUGAGGAACAGAUGAAUGGUGCCUAUAGAGUGUUUUCUGUCUUGAAAUACCCUGUCAAACUCAAUGAGAAAUACGUUUGUCGCAUAAUAGAGACAGAUGUGAAUUUUCAACCAUUUAGGACAAUCCGCAAGUAUCCCAGUAAGUGA